AGGAACAAAUAUCCAAAUUCAUCAACAUCAUCAUCGUCAACAAAAACAAAAUCAACUGUUGUACAAAAUGAAUUUAUUGGUGAUAAUACUACAAAUAUUACAUGUUCAAUUGAUCAUUCAUUAUUCAAACAAUCUCAGUCUAUUUCUUCAAAACAAAAAAGUUACAUUUCAUUGUUAUCAAUUGUUCUAUCAUUGAUUACUGAUUGUUUAGAUUUAGCCUCAGUGUUUGCAGUUUUCAUUAAAACUGAUCAAAAUCUAUUGAAAACUAAGACUGCUGAUUCCGUUGUGAAUACAACAGAUGUUGCUGAAUUGAACACAUGUUUUCCUCAAUUGUUGAAUUGUAUUAUCCUAACAUCAGAAGCUUGUUUCAAUCAAGCUCAUGAAUCAAUUAAUUUUACAAUGACCACAAAUUAUCAAUUUAAAUCUUCUAAUCCUAAUAAUGGCAUAGAGAAUUUGAUUAAGAAUCGUACUGUUGUAACUCUGAAACCAUUGAUUAGUUUUCUUCGUCUCUGGCGACAAAUGAUAUCUCAAAAACAUUGGCCUGGUGGACAUUGUUGUGACCAAUGGUGGGACUUUGGUGAUCAACAAUUGAACUCAACUGUAUCAACAGAUGUUCGUCAAGAAUACAUUGAAAAAUUAUUCGGUACAUCUAUAAGAUGUGGUUUACUUGCAUUAUGCACAUGGGUUCGUCAAAUUAUCGAUCGAUUCAAUGAUUAUAUCCUGUUAUCAAAUUCAUGCAUUGAUAAUAAUAAUGUUGAAUUUCAACAUUUAAUGGAGAUGCAACGAAUUGAUUUAUUGAAUGAAUUUUCUGGGAUAAUUGCUGUGCUCACUGAACGUGACGAUGUAAUUUGGCCUAAUAAUUGUUAUUGUAAACCUCAGGUUUAUUCAACAUUAGUUCAUUUAACAGCUUAUCCAUUACGAACAUUAUUAACUAUUCCUACUAGUUUAUUAUCUACACCAAUAACUCAUCUUCAUCUUCAUCAUCAUCAUCAUGAAUCCACGAUAACAUGUCAUAUAUUAUUAAUCAAACAAAAAUAUUGUUUAACUGCUUUCGGUCAAUUAACACGUGCUUUGAUUGGUCUAUUAUGUCGACAUGGUGAUCAAUGUUUUCAAUUAUAUACAGAUUGUUUACCGGAUUAUUUUUGUUUAAUUGCAAAUUUAUCACGUUGGCUUCAAUAUUCAAAUCGUAUACAAGUAAUCAAGCAUGACAAUGAUCAGUCAACUUAUUCAUGCAGUCGUAAUUCUACUACUACUAAUUCUGACAAUAGUAGUAAUAAUAAUCAUAACAAAAAUAGUAAUAAUAUUAGUAAUAAUAAUUUCACAUUAACACCUGAACUCAUUGAAGAAUUGUAUGAUUUUGAAUCUGGACUAGAAACUCCAUCGAAUUCAAAUACUUUCUGACUUAUUUAUAAAUAAAUAUAUAAAUAUACACCUAAUUUCCUGAUAUGUGAUCGGUGAAUUUUUUGUACAUUUUGUAAAUAUUACUUUGUUUUCUCCCUAUAUUGUAUAGAGAAAUUAUUACUUUAGUCAAUUUUUACUUCUUUUACUCAACAUUGAACAUUUUGUAUUUGAUUUAUUGUUGCCCCGGAUGUUAUUCAUUGUUCAAUUGUUUGUUUAUUCAAACAAGAUUAUUUGUUCUGCAGUUUAAUUUGUUUCUUUAUAAUUUUUCUUUUAUUGCUUUGUUACGGAAAGAGAUAAAAAAAAAAUCGUAGUUCAACACAAUGAUACUUCCUUCAUUCUGUAAAUAUUAGUCAAUAAAAUAAAUUUUGAUUUUACACUG